CUCGUGCUCAUGGAAAUGGGACGUUGCGACAUCCGAAGUGUCACCGUGGUGCUUGUGAAGUGUCACAAAGUGUUUUCGAAGUGACGUCCCGUGUUUUGUGCCUCUCGAGCUCGGGAUUAAUUCUCCGCGAUGGCAUCCGACGGUAGAAUGGAAUGGGUGGAAAUUAUAGACCCUCGCACCAGAGAGCAUAUGUAUGCCAAUCUUACAACCGGAGAGUGCGUAUGGGAUCCUCCACUUGGUGUACCAGUGAAAAAAACAGAUAACAAUCAGUGGUGGGAAUUAUUUGAUCAGAAUACCUCACGCUUUUAUUAUUAUAAUGCAACUUCCCAACAAACCGUGUGGCACCGUCCAAGUGAUUGUGACAUCAUACCUUUAGCAAAGCUUCAGACAUUAAAACAGAACACAGAGCCAGCGAGCAGCAGUGGAAUCAAUAUUCAAAAAUCAACUGAGCCAAGAAAGAAAGAAUCUGUGUCAACACAGACGCAAACGCCUUCUGUUAGUCGAUCAACGCGGUUUAGUCAUCAGGAAAGUUCUAAUUUGUCUUCUUCAUUACAAAGCGGUAGUGUAAAUAAAACACGUACAACUGGUGUCGGUGUAGAUAUUCAAACGUCUCCUCCUUCACCAUCGCCAUCUUCAAGACGACAUCAUCAUCACCAUCAUCACCAUAACAACAGGCAUCAUAGGCAUCAUGAAGUACCCACUGCACGCCGUCAACAUAAUCAUUCCCAGGACUCCGGACGUUCCAGCGACAGUUCUGUUUCUCACAGUCGAACGUCUUUGGAAUCGACUGGGUAUCGAUUAUUGGAUUCUCCACACCGUCAUCAUCAUCGCCCUGCUCCUCAAACGCCAACAAAUCAAGCACAAUCUUCCCCCAGACAACACAGUGGUACUUUGGAAGCCAGAGGACAUAAAAGCGGAACCUUGGAAAGUGUAAAGAAUCAGAAGUCGGUUCCGUUAGGUGAACCACCGCCGUUAGGUUUAUCACUUUCGACGAGUACUCCUCUUUUUAAGAAGAAGACAUUCAUCGAUUCGCAACGCGAGGGCAGGGCAGGGAAUUUAGAAUUGGAGAAGAAUAAAAAUGGUAGAGAAAGUAGUAGAGGUUCUUAUGGUCCUGAACCAAGCACUUCGCCAUAUCGUGAUUCGUUGAUGGAAUCUAGAAUAUUCAGGCAGGAAAUGCCUCCGUACCGUCCGCCAGAAGUUCAAUUGAGUCAUAGUUAUAAAUCGCAGGGUGAGAAAUAUGGCUCCCUGGUGGAAAGUAGUAACCGUUAUCAUAGGGAAAGGGAGAUUCAUCAUAGAGAGAGAGUAAAUAGUUUGGACAAAACGAACUCAUCAGCCUUUUAUCCAAGUUCCAUGCAUCCGCGUAAUAUGAAUAAGCAAGAUAAUACUGGUAGUAUAGGAAGAAGGCAUCAUGGAUGCUCGGUGUCUCUUUCGGAAGCAAACGUUAGAGACAUGUAUGGUGGGAUAUUAGUGGAGAGGAACGAACCGUCUAAAAGCCUCAUAAGGGGUACAGGUAUCCUAAGUAAUGCAUCGAAACAAAGAAGCCUUGAGGUUGUAGAAAGAGAGAGAGAGCGUGAACGUGAUAGAGAAAAAGAGUAUAGAAGAAAUACAGCAUGUAAUAAUUCGUUGGACUGUGGGUUGCAACCGUUAGCUCGCAGUUACAGUUUUGUACAACAACAAAAGCAGCAACAAAAGCUGCAGCAACUACAUCAACAACAAUCAAGAAGGAGAGAUAGAGACGAUGACUCCAUGCACGAGCGUUAUUUAAUAAGUCAAAGUCACGAGCAACCCAGACAAAGACUUAGCAGUAACACUAGCAGUAGCAAUAGUAGUAACAGUAGCAGUAAUAGUGCCGUAGGCGAAGAAACAGAAGGACUUACGGAAGGGGACGACGGCAAAAAGAAGAAAAGUAAUGGUAAUCCGAGUCCGCCUCCGUCUCCGUUUUAUGGAAAUCUGUUAUCCGACCCAGAUCACUUGUUGCCACUUCAGCAAUAUAUUCUCCAACAAGCAGAACUCUCAGGUUGUUACAAGUUCGGAGAUCCUUUGUUUGUAGAAGAAGGUGAUGAUUCCUUAGACGAAGAAGGUGGGAGAGGUGAAGGAAUUGGCGGAAGAGGCGAUUACGAUUCUGACGAUCAGUUCGCAGAUGACGAGGCAGCGAGCAACCAAGGUGACUCUUCUAGCCAAGAGUACCUUGAAGAUCACUAUGCAGAUUUGGGUAAUUACGAUGCGGCAGGCUUAGCGACUUAUUAUAACACUGCUGAUACGCUCACAAGGCCGCAAGUACGACCUCCGUCGCCGCCAAAUAUCGCUUCGCAUACAGAGGCGCGUGAUAGUGUGACGACUACGAGACAAGCAACACUUCCAGUAUCUACUAUAAGUUCUGUUCCUACCAUUGGUAUCGUUGAUAACACCGACAUCGACGAAGCAAGGCGAAACGACAGCGCAGGCGGCGGUGAUAUAGAGAAAUACGCACAAGACAAUCUUAAUUUGAAUUGUGGUAGACCGAAGGGACUGAGAUUAUUGUUUCGGAAAAAGUUCAGCGUUCGAGACAUUCUCAGCUGGUCGAAAGACCCUAUACCACAACCUAUGCUUGUAGUUGUGGAUGGUGAGAAAUUGCUCAAGCGAGAAGCUUGCAAUUUGUUUAGAUUGGUACAAGUGUACAUGGGUGAUCGGAAAGCUAACAUGGGAAUGACAUUAGACACCGUAGCCAUGGACAUUGUAAAUACUGCAUUCUCAAAGCCACCGUUGCGGGAUGAAUUGUAUGUCCAGAUCUGUAGACAAACUACAGAGAAUCCACGGAAGGAAAGUUUACGCCGAGGUUGGGAAUUGAUGGCUGUGUGUUUGGCUUUCGUGCCACCUAGUGCGACAUUUGAGCCUUACCUCGAGGGGUACAUGAACAGACACCGUGAUCCCAAUUUUCAAUUCCCGGAAGUGGCCAAGUGGCCAAUUCAUGUACAAGUUAGUCAUUACGCAACCGUCGCCUGCCGACGCCUACAACGAAUUGGAGCACACGGCAAACGACAACCCCGCAAAGCUACCAUAGAAGACAUUGAUCAAGCAAGAAUUCAAAUUUUUCGGGCAUCCAUGUUCGGUGCAACGCUUUCAGAGGUGAUGGCUUUGCAAAGAGACAGAUUCCCAAACCGAGAGUUACCAUGGAUACAAACUACAUUAACGCGCCAAGUGUUGGCGCGAGGCGGUAUCCUAACCGAGGGUAUUUUCAGAGUAUCCGCGGAUGCGGAUGAAGUGAGCGCUUUGAAAGCAUGCUUGGACAGGUUCGAGGAUGGUACAAUUUUGGCAGCUUCUCAGGAUGCACACGCGCCUGCUUCUUUAUUGAAAUUAUGGGUUCGAGAGCUCUACGAACCUCUGAUACCUGAUUCCUUUUACACGGAGUGCGUAUCGAUGAGACACGAUGACGCUGAAGUUUCUGCAGCUAAUGUUGCCGCGCUUGUAGACCGACUACCUGAUUUGAAUCGUCGAGUUCUGUGCCACCUAAUACGGUUUCUACAGAUAUUCGCGAGACCUGAAGUGGUUGUUCGUACUAAAAUGGACGCAAACAAUUUAGCAAUGGUGAUGGCACCAAAUAUAUUGCGGUGUACCUCUCAAGAUCCCCGCGUGAUUUUGGAAAAUGCACGCAAAGAAAUGGCUUUUGUUCGUACUCUAAUCGAGUCAUUAGGAACUGCUUGGGUCGAUGAUCUUCACUGACCUAUUCUACUACGCUAGAAUAAAGAACGCUCUUGACUACUAUGCCAAAUGAAUCAGUUGUAUAUUCACAAGUAUUGUUAGUUAUUUCACUGUUCUCAAUUAUCUUCUCGAUAUUACCUUGUUUGGUUAUUAUCACCAGCCCCAUAGUCUUAUGAAUGUUCGUAAUGGUAAUUUAGUGCUAAAGUCUUAUCAAGCUAAUCACCAGACUCGCUCCUCAUUUUCUAUUUAUUAUUUAUAUAUGCAAAUUAUACGUUAUACAAAUAGAGACUAUUAGAUUAUAUUAUGUGUAUCUCUAUAUAUCAUAUUACAAACAGGGUGUCUUAAAAUUACGGUACAAGUAGAAAUCGAAAGGUUGUUCCGUCGCGAAGAACAUAAAACGUGGAAAGUUCGUUGGUUCGUUUAUGUUCUUCGUGACGGAACAAAAGUACUUUACCACUUUGUUGUCCGAGGUUUUGUUUUUACAAUGCAAGCAAUUCAAAUUUAGGAAUUAGAGAUCUUUUAAUUUUAACUACUUGUAUCCCAAAAACGACGUCUCAGCUUACAAAACGGUGGAGGAUUUUUCGAUUUCUAUUAACUCGUUGUGGUUCUAUGUCGAACUAGGUUCGACAAAAAAAUGUACUAAAAUCAGCAAAUCUGGAUCCUAAAGAGUUGUCUCGCAAUUUCUGAACAUCCUGUAUUUUACCAACCCUUGUUACCGCGUUGACCAAACACGAACGGCUUUUUUACUCGAUUAUUGUUGAAUCUCAUGUAAAAUAAAAAUCAUGUGUUAUCGUGUAUAGCUGCACUCCACGAUGAUCUUUUUGUAUCAGCGAUGAAUCGACGUGUACAAUGUUUAUCGAGGAGUAAAAUUGCAAAAGAUUAGCAAGCUGUACAAGUGUGUUUCUUUUCCUGCAGUUUCUGAACAAUUAUUACUACAAAAAAGAUGGUCAUACUUUUUUUUUUAUAUAAGAACGUAUGCCGUCAGAAAUUCUAGUUUUCAAUUACAAUGCUGUCAUUCUAUUAUGGCAUAACAAAUCUAUAUUUCAUAUUUGAGAUGUAUGUAUAAAGAUUAUUUCUAAUACUUGAGAUGUAUUAACAAUAUGCAGUACACAAAGUAUUUCGUAUUUGCUUACAGCCGCUGUCUUACUUCUGGUUUGUACAAUUCUAAUCGACGUUACCAGUUAAUUAUGUAUUAAAUAUAGUAUUUAAAUUAUACAAAGAAAAUAUCACAAAAGGUUGUCGCUGUUAUGCUGCAACAAACACUGUUUCUAUGUAAAUAUCAUAUAAAAAUUGGUACAAUUUUUUCCAGAAACCGAUGAUAUUCACUCGCAGAAUACUUGCUUUUACAUAAUACUCUAGCAUUAUCUUACAUUAAUUACACAUACCCAAUUUUAUAUACAAGAUGUACAAAGUAAUCGAUCAUAUUAAUACUGCCGCAGAUCACACAUUACGCAUGCCUUCGUUGAUCUAAUAAGGGAAGGCUACGAUUUCUAAGCGGUACCAAUGUCAUGAUGUAGAGUACAAUGAGGAUAAAUAAUCUGUAGAGUAUUCGCCAUAUCUGGCCAACUAUUUUUAUAAAAGAAAAAAACA